GAGCAAGGCAGGGCAAUCAGGCAGGCUGCAAAGGGAGAGAGGCUCCUCUGUCCUUUCCUGGCCAGCAAACCUUGAGACCUUCUGCGUCUUGUGGCUGAAGUUGCCCCAACAGAAGCGUGGGCUGUUUGCAGAACUCGAAACUUCGGAUCUUCGGGAAAGAAAAGCUUCUUUUUCGAGGGAAAGGGUGCUGUUGCAGAAGCAGGCAACGGGGCCAUCCAGGUGCCCCUAGAUAUAAGUCUUGCUUCUUACUACUCCAAAGGACCACUGUGAUGGCAUCAGUGCCCUCAGCUGGCUGCCUUGCAGCCAAGAACCAGUACUACCGAACACGACUGAAUUCCGACUCCAGUGUUUCUUCAAGCAGUUCAUCUUGCUGUUCUGAACCCAUGACCUUCUCAGACCAAGACAAACACUUCCACGGUUUACCUGAUGUGUUUGAAAAAUGUUGGUGGAUAAAAAGCUUUUUCCACUGUGAACCAACACCUCAGAAUGUUGGCAGGAAAACCUUGUCAGCCAGUAGUGCAAAUAGCUGAUUUGGACAUCAAGCUGAGUGUUCCUAAAUGACUUCACACACAGAGACAUUUCUUGAAAUGGAUUUAGCCCCAUGAAGAAAACAAACUGCUUGAAAUUUCAGUUUUGAGAGAAGGAGCUAUCCACAGCUUAUUCAUAAGGCAAUCACCAUUUCGACUGACUAUGUCUGAUGCAGAGUUCUCGAUAGUGAACAGGUGUUUUCAGCUUCAUAAUGACUUUUACAUAUUAUUGGAAGAAAUGCAAAUGAAAAGUCUUGUUGUGUCUUCUAAUUGCCCAGGGUUUCCUUUGCUAAAUUGAAAAGCUUCUCCUAAAUUGCAUGGGACAAAACGAUGCAAGGUUAUUCUGUCUUAACUCCAAGCAGAGUGAUGCUCUCAUUAACAGUAAAAUAAGCAAGUUUGUCCCAUUAAGUUUGAUGUUUUGUUAGCUGUGCUGCUUCCAUACUUGUGUUUUAAAUUAAAUCUGUUGAGGAGAAAUGCCAAACACAGGUUUAUAACUACCAUUGAUCAAACCUGAGAAGGAACCGUGUUAAAGCUUGAUUUAAGGAAGGCUGUAGGCUUGUUUGUUUUUAAGAAAGACAUUGCAUAUAGCCUAAUGUAUUACUUGGAAGCAGUCGUUUUGAUUUCUUCAAAGAAUAUGCAAACUUAAUCCUAUCACAUAAUGAGUACAAAGUGUGCAAACACAGUCUUAUAUCAUGUUGCUAGUAUGAAGGCAUGCACUGUUUAACAUCACUGUGCUGUAACUAUUUUUGUCAUUAUGUUUGACAUAAUUUGAUUUUUCUUGAAUAAUUUCAAAAUAAUAGUUACAGAACAUUUUAUAUUACCAUGUGUCCUUCUUAAGUUGUAACAUGUGUGCCUUGCUCAUGCUUGACUGGCCAUGUGUGGAUGCAUGAUCAACUGAAAAAGGGAAAAUUUAGUGGCGAGAAAAGAAUGUAAGGCAAGUAAAUCAAUGCAAUAGGUAUCCCAUAGGUCAGUGGUUCUCAACCUGUGGGUCCCCAGAUGUUUUGACCUUCAGCUCCCAAAAAUCCUAACAGCUGGAAAACUGGCUGGGAUUUCUGGGAGUUGUAGGCCAAAGCACUCGGGAACUCACAAGCUGAGAACCACUGAUCUAGGAAGAGACAGUCUGUUUUAAUUUGUGAACUCACAUUUCAGUUUGCUCAUCCUUCUCUAUGUAACCAUUUUGUAUAGUGCGAUCAGUGCAAUUUCUUGAAUGUACAGAAUUAAGUAUUUUUUUUACUAAGUUUUGUAUUAAUAAAGAUUAAUAAAUAUG